AUGAGGGCGCGAUUCGAUAUACUGUCGUUUGCGGUGCUGGGGCUCCUGUCGUUCGCUCAGGCGGAUACCUACCACUACUACGAUGCGCCAGCCAAGCGAGGAAUCUUGGGGGAUAUUCUAGGGGCGCUCAACGGUGAGGGCAACGGAAACGCAAAGCAGAAUGGACAGAAGACCGUCACCGAGACUGUGCGACAAACGAUCACUGUCGGAGCACAGGCAGCGGGAGCGCUGAACCAGACCAAUGUUGGCGUGAAGACCGAAACAGUCACCGUCACGGCGUCUGCGGCAUCAGGAAACGGCACUGCCCGCCAGGGCGGGAAUGCGGGAGGAAAAGAGGCAGGGGCUCAACUCUCGUUCGUGACGACUACCGUUUUCGGAAACGGCGCAGCACCGACUGUCACGAUCUCAGCUCUCGCUUCGACUGUAACGCAGCAGGUCACCAUGACGAUGGUCCAGAUGAUCGCCUGUGGAACGACUCUCGGGUCGGCCGUGCCAGCCUCGCAAGCUUCCGCUGUUGCCUCCUCGGCCGCCGCCGUCGUAUCGUCGAAUGCCAAAACAUCGACGGCUGCUGCGGGCGUCUCUUCAGCCCCGGCGGCGAGCGCCGUUGUCUCUAGCGCUUCAUCUGCGGCCCAAGUCGGCUCAGUCUUCACGUCAGGGGCUGCUGAGUUGGCAUCGACUGCAAUACCGGCCUCUGGUCAGGGGGCGGCUCCGGCUGCCUCCGUUGCGACGACGACAUCAGCAGGUCUUGCGGCUGUCGGUCUACCCGACGGCAUGGUCAAAGGUAUCGGGUUCCUGAAUGAGGCCGGAGCAUGUAUCUGCCAGGUCACCUGCACGAACCCGUCCUUCGACCAAGCCGUCGGGAUGAUCCCAGCCGGCCUCGCUUCUCUUCCAGCCGCUCAACUUCCUGCUUCAACGUCUUCAGCUAUAGCUUCCGUUGCAACUACGGCAUCUGCAACGAGCGCAGCAGCCGCGGCCCCGGCGAAAACCCAAGCCACCGCACUGCCGGCCGCAGCGUCCUCACUCGCUCUCCCCGUCGGCGCCGGGGCCCAGGUUGCCGCACCCAUUGUCACGGCGUCGACCAUGGAUCCCGCCAACAUCCAGGGAGUCAACCAGGGGCCGACGAUCAACCUGAGUGGCGUCUCGCUGAACAGCGUCGUCAACCUCGGCGCCCUCGUUCAGCAGCCCACGGCCGCUUAG